CGUCGGAGGCUUCUAAUACAUUGUCCAUGAGUGGAUGCAUCUUCUAUGUAAAAUCUGCUCUUGGCAAUCCUCACAUCCUAAGCGUGGAAGUACCGGAUGUUCGCCGCAUGGGUUGGUGAACAUGAACACGAUGAUACCAAAACAAGAUACAAUUCGUUUGACCGGAGCAGUGGGAAAGUACGGUACAAUCACAUCUCAAAACUCUCAAGCCCAAAUCCGAGGUCGAUGUAUAGUAGUACAUCGGGUCAUCAUCCAAGCGUGAUACAUCUCAGUCAUCAUAGCAACUUGAGAUAUGACUCGUCAAUCGAGACUGUAAACCAAACCGAGUCACCUCCAUACCAGAGCGUCAUCCGUCCUGCCACUGAGCCGGCCGAUGCAGCCAGACGACCGCUUGUGAACUACCAAUCCCCUCGCAUCGACCCGCGCUCCGUACGGGCGAUGACGAAGCCGCGGUGCCGCCACCUCCGCCAGGACCGUCCGGGCGACGUGCCUCUGCAUCUUCAACAUGUGAACUCGUGGGCGUGGCUGAAUGGCUGAACGGGAGACAAGGGUUGGACGGACGGGUGUGUGUCUCUGUGUGCGAACGGGCUCGCGGGUGAUGACGAUAUCAAUGGCCCCUGUAGGUGACGGUGACGACGCCACGAGCAGACCAUGGCUGCAAUAUGCCACCGAAAAUGGGCUCGAGCCUAUCCUCGGAUAUGACCACGUCCACGGAAGGAUCCAUUCG